AGAUGACCAGAAAAAGGAUCAUGGAGAGCAGAUCAAGAAAACUUUCUACGGUCACGAUCAAUGAGCAAGGGAGUUCCCAAAAAAUGUUCAAGAAUCGAUCUGAAGAUCCAACUGAAAGUACUGCAUUCCUCUGGAUUUAGACUCCAUGUUGUUGACAUUCCAAGGCUAAGGUGACAACGUUCCUCUUCCUUCCAUAAUUACAGCGACCGUAGCUACGCUCCACCCACAUCAACCACAACCUUGGAUAAUAUCUACCGAGCUGCCAUGUACUGUUGUCACAGUGCGGCACUUUCCCAUCUUGUAGACGAGCCUGCCCCAUAACGAGUCGACCACCUACGCUCAACUUUUCUGUUUUGAUGUGUUUGUGUAGUUUAUCGCUAGACCAAGAUCUGCUCCCCAAGUAGCACAUCGAGAACAAGUCUACUUCUUCUAUGGAAUUGAUGAAAAUGACGAACGCCACAAGUAAAGUUCGGCUGAACAAGACGGGCGCACCGCUCCAGGGGCCGCCCCAGAAGACCACGCCGCUCCACCUCAACCUCCUCGACAACGACAAAAGCAACGUGCGGCUCGCGCCGGACAUCGAAAAGCAGCACGUGCACGCGGUCUACGACACGAUCGCCGACCACUGGAGCCACACCCGGUAUCGGGCCUGGCCAAGAGUGGCGGAGUUUCUCGAACGACUGGAUAAAUACGCGUGUGUAGCGGAUCUGGGGAUGGGGAACGGAAAAAACGUGAUAGCGGGGCUUCGUGACUGUCAAAAGAACGUGGGCUUCUUCCUGGGCACGGACAUCUCCGGACCGCUAGUUGUCGGGGCGGCGGCGAAAAUCGAGAGCCUGGAUUUUAAAGGUGAGCGGAGGAAAGCGAAAGAAGAAGAACGAGCAAAGGUGGAUAACCUGCGAAGUAGUUGUAAAGAAGCUGCACAGGAACAACAAGCACAGGCAGCAGUACAAGGUUGUAGCUCAGAGGACGAGGACCACGUCGACUCGCCGCAACUCCUCGACUCCACAGCUGACUUUGCGGUCGCGGACUGUGUGAGCCUACCCGUUCGCGACGGUGUCUUCGACGCGAGUAUCUGCAUCGCCGUUCUGCACCACCUGUCCACGGUAGAUCGCCGCGUGGCCGUUCUCCGCGAGAGCCUCCGCGUCGUGAAGCCCGGGGGGUUUUUCCUGGUCUACGCCUGGGCCCAGGAGCAGGAGGAGACCGGGUGCUCCCGGCACGUUUUCGAAACGCAGGAUGUGCUGGUCAAGUGGCAUCACAAAAUCCCGGGGCUGAAGAAGGAAGAUGUGGACCGGGAACAGGUGUUGGAAAAAAUGCUCGAAAAAAACAGCCAGGCGGCGACGGGAGUUCUGGACAAGGAGAAGGGUGCAAUCAUCUACCAGCGGUACUGCCACGUGUACCGCGAAGGGGAACUGGAGGCGCUUUUCCGGGACCACCUCAGCGACAUUAGCAUUGUUGAAGAAGUGUACUUAGACACCGGAAAUUGGUGUGUGCGCGCGAAAAGGAUAUGAAUAUGACUUCUGAUGAUGCUACGUACUGACUACGUACGUAGCGACAGUGUUACGCAAAGGCUAUAUCGAAAAUGAUA